GCUACAGUUUCUGUCCUUGUCUCUGCCUCCAGCUCCUUAAGAGACACCCAGCCCCAGCGAUUGGAUUGGGCAGCCCGUCUUGACACACCACUGUGCUGAGUGCUUGAGGACGUGUUUCAACAGAUGGUUGGGGUUAGUGUGUGUCAUCACAUUCGAGUGGGGAUUAGGGAACGGAGACUGCCUUGCUGGAGCUGUGUGGUCUUCUGCAAGUGUGAGCUGCAAGCAAAAGAAGAGCUACUUAGCUUUUGGGAGAAGAGGGAGGAUUCAUUUUCAGCAGCUAAAAGAAAAGCAGUUUGUUCAGAUCUUCCAUACAGUAACUCUCUCACACCUGUGGUGCUCAUGAAUGAUUGGUUUCUCCCACUUGUGAAAGAAAUUUAACACUGUCCUCAUCAUAUACAGUAAGAAAAGACUGAGCUGUGGAAGAGUGAAAAAAUGACAAUAUUUCUUUCUUUCAUAAGGUCUUGAAUGUAAUAAAUGCACUGGACAAGGCAUAAAGACUUCUAUUAAUGCUAUGAAAAUUAACUACAUCACAUUAGCAGCAGAAAAUCUUCAAAGGGCUCCUCCUACAGAUGUUCUGAACAGCUGUGCAUCAUAGCAAUUCAUUACUAUACCCAGAUCUUGAAAACUAAGGAACAGACACUUUGGGGAAAUUAUUUUGCUUGUGAUAUUGAAACUACAAUGAAGUAUUAUUGCUUUGCACUCCUUUUGACUGCACUCAGUACUGACUUGCUAAGAAGUCUCUGUACUACUGUCAAAUCCCCAAGGUUCAGAGGACGUGUGCAGCAGGAGCGAAAAAAUAUCAGACCCAACAUUAUUCUCGUACUAACAGAUGACCAAGAUGUGGAGCUUGGGUCCUUGCAGGUGAUGAAUAAGACUAGAAGGAUCAUGGAGAAUGGAGGUGCUACCUUUAUCAAUGCCUUCGUAACGACCCCAAUGUGCUGCCCAUCUCGGUCCUCCAUGCUGACAGGGAAAUACGUUCAUAAUCACAACAUAUACACCAACAACGAAAACUGCUCUUCUCCUUCCUGGCAGGCAACACAUGAACCACGUACCUUUGCAGUGUAUCUCAACAACACUGGCUAUCGGACAGCUUUUUUUGGGAAAUACCUCAAUGAAUACAAUGGCAGCUACAUCCCUCCUGGGUGGAGAGAGUGGGUUGGAUUAAUCAAGAACUCUCGCUUCUAUAAUUACACUGUUUGUCACAAUGGCCACAAAGAGAAACAUGGAUUUGAUUAUGCAAAGGACUACUUCACAGACUUAAUCACUAAUGAGAGCAUUAAUUACUUCAAAAUGUCUAAGAGAAUGUAUCCCCAUAGGCCCAUAAUGAUGGUUAUCAGCCAUGCAGCCCCUCAUGGCCCUGAGGAUUCUGCACCACAAUUUUCAGAGCUCUAUCCAAAUGCUUCGCAGCACAUAACUCCAAGCUAUAACUAUGCACCAAACAUGGAUAAACACUGGAUCAUGCAGUACACUGGGCCUAUGCUGCCUAUCCACAUGGAAUUUACAAAUGUCUUACAGCGCAAAAGGCUUCAGACAUUGAUGUCAGUUGAUGAAUCCAUGGAAAGGUUAUACCAUAUGCUUGUAGAGACGGGAGAACUGGAGAAUACCUACAUCAUUUACACUGCUGACCAUGGUUACCAUAUUGGGCAGUUUGGACUGGUCAAGGGAAAGUCAAUGCCAUAUGACUUUGAUAUUCGAGUUCCUUUCUUUAUUCGUGGGCCAAGUGUAGAGCCGGGAUCAGUAGUGCCUCAGAUAGUGCUGAAUAUUGACCUUGCUCCAACGGUUCUGGAUAUUGCAGGACUUGACACGCCUCCAGAUAUGGAUGGCAAGUCUGUCUUAAAACUUCUGGACCUCGAAAAGCCAGGAAACAGGUUUCGAACAAACAAGAAGACCAAAAUUUGGCGUGAUACAUUUCUAGUGGAAAGAGGCAAAUUUCUGCGCAAGAAGGAAGAACCCAACAAAAAUGCUCAACAGUCUAACCAUUUACCAAAAUAUGAGAGAGUAAAAGAAUUAUGCCAGCAAGCAAGAUACCAGACAGCUUGUGAGCAACCAGGACAGAAAUGGCAGUGCAUUGAGGAUUCUUCUGGCAAGCUUCGAAUUCACAAGUGUAAGGGAUCCAGCGACAUGUUCACCAUCAGAAAGAGAACGCGAAGCAUACACUCCCAGGGAUACAGCAAUAAAGACAAAGAAUGCAUCUGUGCAGAUGCUGAUUACCGAACCAGCAGGACCCAGAGAAAAAAUCAAAGACAGUUCAUGAGAAACCCCAGUGCCCAAAAAUACAAACCCCGAUUUGUUCAUACUCGCCAAACUCGGUCCUUGUCUGUGGAAUUUGAAGGUGAAAUAUUUGACAUAAACCUGGAGGAGGAGGAACUACAAGUGUCGCAGUCCAAAAGUAUUAGUAAGCGUCAUGACACUGAAAAUGAAGAGGAUUCAGAAGACAGUGAUGAUGGUGGUGGUGGUGAAGAAGAAGAAAUGAUAGCUGAUGGCACCAAUGCUGUUGGCCAACCUGAUUCCGUCAGAGUGACACACAAGUGUUUUAUUCUUCCAAAUGACACCAUUCACUGUGAGAGGGAACUAUACCAAUCAUCCAGAGCCUGGAAGGACCAUAAGGCCUACAUUGAUAAGGAGAUUGAAGCUCUGCAGGAUAAAAUUAAGAAUUUAAGGGAAGUGAGAGGACACCUAAAAAGAAGAAAACCUGAUGAAUGUGAUUGUAGCAAACAGAGCUAUUACAACAAAGAGAAGGGGGUGAAGGCCCGAGAGAAACUGAAGAGCCACCUUCAUCCAUUCAAAGAAGCAGCACAGGAAGUGGACAGCAAACUUCAGCUAUUCAAAGAGAACCGCAGGAGAAAGAAGGAGAGAAAGGGAAAGAGGCGCCAGAAGAAAGGAGAUGAAUGCAGCCUUCCUGGACUUACGUGUUUUACCCAUGAUAAUAACCACUGGCAGACAGCACCGCUCUGGAACUUGGGGUCUUUCUGUGCUUGCACAAGUUCAAACAACAACACCUACUGGUGUUUGCGAACAAUUAAUGAGACACACAAUUUUCUCUUCUGUGAAUUUGCAACCGGAUUCUUGGAAUAUUUUGAUAUGAACACUGAUCCCUAUCAGCUGACAAAUACAGUACACACAGUGGAAAGAGGCAUUUUGAAUCAAUUACAUAUACAGCUAAUGGAAUUGAGAAGUUGUCAAGGUUACAAGCAGUGCAAUCCACGACCUAAGGGACUUGAAACAGGGGACAAUUAUGGGAUGGAUGGGAAGGCUAAACUGCCAAAUUUCACUGAGGACAUCGACUGGCAAGGACUGGAAGAUUUAUACAGUGUGAAUGAAAGUUUGUACGAAUACAGAUACAACUAUAGACUUAGUCUGGAUGACUGGACUAAUUACUUGAAGGAUCUAGAUAGAAUGUUUGCACUGCUGAACAGUUACUAUGAGCAAAAUAAAACAGACAAAACUAAAACUGCUCAAAACAAUGGGUACAUGGAUGAAUCACCUAUACCAUUUACCUGGGGGGGACUGACCUCUGCUGAGUCAGACGAAGACUCAAGUGGUCUGAUUGCAGAAGAGCUGCAGCCUAUCAUGCCAACUGACUUGGCAGCCCUAGCUUUGAGCACUGUAAUUUUAAAUCAAGUGAGGAAACUUGAAUUAAAUAAUGAUAUUCCUGAGAAAAGUAGUUUGAAUUCUGCACACUGGAGAAAUCAACAAGCUGAAAAGUGGUUGGAGAAUAAAGAGUUAGACAGUUUUGAAAUGGAUUUAAGUGGAAACGGUUUGACAGAGCUGGAGUCCAGGCAUAGCUUCAUUCUACAGACAGUUAGCAUUCUUCAGAAAGACUCUGACCAGGACAGUGACCCAGUGAAGGAUAUUUUUCAAGAUCAGAUAUACCUUCCUGUAAAUUCUGAUGAACCCGCUGCAAAUGUCUCCAUCAGGGAUACAUCUAUUAGGGCUCAGAAAAUGGAGACUAUGUUGGAAAAGAUGGAACAUAACUUUGAAGGAGAGAAUUCACAAAUCCUAAAUGUAGAAGGCAGUGCCUCAUCUCCACUCUCCUUGGAAUAGAUCAAAUUGUAAACCAUAUAUGGGCCUCUUUAUUUUUGAUCAGUAAACUAGUAAUGGUAACCAUGACAACUGACAUUCCAUGUUUACUGCAGAUACAUUUUGCAGCUGAAAUGAGCCCAACACUGUGUGUGUGUGUGUGUGUGUGUGUAUUUCAUAUAUACACAGACAUACUUGCACACUAAUUUUCCAUAAUUGAAAAACUAGGUUCCCACAGUAUUAAAAAAGAAACAGUGUUAACUUUCUAGUGCAGUGAUGCACACACUUCCUAGACUAGUAAUGAUUUCCUUGAAGUUUCCUUUGAGUUACUUUUUCUGUUGCCCAAAGAUCCCACAUAAAUGAAUGUCUCAGUCCACCCAUGCUAUCUGCAUAAUGUCUUUUUGAUAAAUUAUUUUUAACCACUGGAAUUUCUUGUCAAACUUUUGAGUAAAAUGAUAUUGCACUUUUGUAAUCUGUCUCCCAGACCAUUUAGUAAUCUGAUCCUUUACAUCUUCUUAGUUUGCUCAUUGUUUCACGUAAUUGUGAAAUAAUAAAAUGGGUUGACAGGAAAGAGAUAUUCAGCAUGGAUUAUGAAAACAGAUUGGUCGAAUAUUGUUUUAGCAGAAAAUAUUGCAUGUUUUGUUGCCUUGACUUUCAGAAAGUUAUUUUCAGAAAGGUAUAGCUAAUGAAAGCUCACUGUAUGAGGAUUUUAAAAAAUUGGCUUGUUUCCCUACAUAUUGCUACUGUUAGUGUUAAAAAUCCAUGAAUUUUUCUAGAUUUUUUGCUGAUAUCCUUACAGAGGUGUAUAUGAGUAGAAUAUGCUUUGUCACCAUUUUUUAUUUUAUUAGGCUGGACAAUAGCUUGAUAUUUUCAGAAAGUAUUGUCAUCAAUUUGGGACUUUAAAAUGUUUUUUUUUAAAGGCAUUAAAGGGAAUGGUGAAAUCAUAUGAGAGUUACAUAUUUUAGAUACAAAAGGCACAUGUGGUCAAAAUAGUAAGCCAGACCUAUGUUGUUGUUGUAAUGUGUUCUAAAGGGUUUUCCCCUCCAUCCCCCGGAUUUUGCCAAACAAUUAUUUUUUUUAAAGAAUAAUACAAAAUUGACUUUGAAAAUCUGUACUGUUGGUAACUUAAUAUCUAUCUUAGUUGUUUUUUUUUAACAUACGUAGAAAAUAAAAUAAAAAGAAUCAACUCAUAGAUGUAUUUCCACCAUGUCCAAUUCACACUAAAGUUCCUUAUGUUAUAUGUUAUUUAGCUUAGUGGAUUGUUUAGUCUAUUGCAAGCACUGCAGGUUAAAAUUAUGUUCUUUUGUUUUAAGUGUUUAAGUUGAACUUUUUUAAAAGCAGAUUCUUUUAGUAGGAUUUUAAAAAUUUUAAGAAGCAGUCUUUAUGAUGGACUCUGUGAAUAUGUUAAAAUUAACUCGCUAUGUAUCUGAUGUAUGCGCCAUGGGCUGAAUGACAGAACAAACGUAUUUAUGGUCAUGAAUGAUGCUAUUUGUAAAUAGAUUUCUAGUUAUUAGGAUAAAAACUGGGUUUUUUUUUAAAUCUUGUACAAUAUUUCUGUGAUACUUUUAUAGAACAAUUCUGGCUUCAGGGAAGUCUAGAAGCAAUAUUUCUUGAAAUAAAAGGUGUUUUACGCUACCUGCUUCAGAGACGUCCACCUCAUCAUGUUUUCAUAGUAAAAUUGCUUUUUAAAAAUCAUUCUAAUUUAAUUACAUGUAUUGUCUUAAAAAUCCAGCCACAGAUGGAAAAAAAACUUAGAAAAUGUAGUUACAAAUUAUUCAUGGUGAUUGUGGCUCUAUCUUCCCUACAGGAGAUGCUGGUGCCCAAAGCAGUAAACCCUUACUCCCGUUGAGGUAAAGAAGACAAACGGCAUGAUUAAUGGCUGCCCAUAUAAGUAAAGGUUUGCCGAAUCAAGCCCCUUUGUGUCCUCUCUUUUUCCCCACCCAUUCCAGUGAUGUCUUCCUAUAAUUUACAUUUGUCUCUACCCCAUGUAGAGUAAUCUUCAUUUCAGGCUGCAUCUUGGUCAAGGCUGGGAAUGGGUCAUUUAAGCAGCAUGGAGCACAUCAUGCCAUCGUGAAGGAGAAGUUUUGCUGGUAGCCUCACCUUUCCUUUAUGCUAUCCUUGCACAAUGGU